CACUCCCCAGUCUCCCACUUCCGCACCCCCAAAGCCCUAGCGCACGCGGCGUGCGAGAGAGAGCCUUUGGCGGCGGCGGGGGCGACGCGGCAGCCGCACAAGUUCCGGUUGGUCGAGCUCGAGGAGAACGACGGCGACAACCUCGGCCCCCUCCUUCCGCCGCAGGUUGUCGCGGGCGGCCUCCGGACGGUGAUCGAGUACAGCCUCGACGACUACGGCAACAAGGACAAGGUUACCACCACCACCCGCACCCGCAGCCUCGCGCACGCCCGCCUCUCCAGGAGCGCCGUCGAGCGCCGCUCGUAGGCCAAGUUCGGCGACGCCGUCAAGGGGGACGACGACGGCUCGCGCCUCACCAUGGUCUCCACCGAAGAGGUCCUCCUCGAGCGCCCACGAGCCCCAGGUGGCAAGAUGAGCUUGAUAUCCCAGAACGCCCAGAAGCGCCGCCUAGAGAAAAGUGGAGCUGAUGAUGGAAAUGAUGAGGGCAUUGGCUCUCCUGUUGCUAUGGAUGGAGAGGUUGGGAAGGGCACCAAGUUGAAGAAUCACAAUAAGAAAAAGAAUAAGAGGACUAAGGUGUCGAAGGCUCAGCAGAACAAAGAGGAAGAGGAGAUGCAGCAGCUGGAGAGCUCGCUUUUCGGUGCCCUUUACACGCCACUGGAGUUUGGCACUGAGGUAGGGGCUGCAGUGGCAGCUCCUGACAAGGAUGCGCCUUUAUUCUUCACGGAUAGGUCUGCUGCUGAUGGUGUGGAUGACUUGCCUAUUUAUGAGGAGGACUUGGCCCAUGAUGGGGAAGAAGAUGAGGUAGUUAUCAAGGGGAGAAAGCCUGUUUGGAUAGAUGAAGAAGAGGAGAGGACAGAGGUGGACAUUGUGAAGGUUGCAAGGUUGAGGAAGCUGAGAAAAGAGGCUGAUGAACAUGUGAUAUCAGGGAAAGAGUACGAGGCUAGGUUGCGUGGUCAGCAUGCCAAAUUGAACCCCUUCACUGGUUGGGCUGAUAUGGACCGGAAGACUAUUCCUGGCGCGUCAGAUGGUGAAUCUGAUGAUGAGGGGGGUGUUGAUGAUAUCCUUCAGAAUAAUGAUGAGCUUGUUGUCAAGGAUACUGUUAAGCUUUUACCUGGGAUGCUAGAGUUCUCAAGGCUCGUAGAUGCCAAUAUCCAGGAUCCAUCGAGUGGCCCUAUUAAUUCAGUGCAGUUUCAUAGGAAUGGGCAGCUGAUGCUUGCUGCUGGUUUGGACAAGCAUUUGAGAUUUUUCCAGAUUGAUGGAAAGAGAAACCCGAAGAUCCAGAGCAUAUUUAUUGGGGACUGUCCAGUACUCAAGGCUUCCUUUCUACCAGAUGGCUCUGAGGUGAUCCUUUCAGGCAGAAGAAAAUUCUUCUACUCAUUUGAUCUGGUAAAAGCUGCUGUUAGCAAGAUUGGACCUUUGGUAGGGCGUGAGGAGAAAAGUUUGGAGAGCUUUGAGAUAUCACCCGACUCAAGAACCAUUGCUUUUGUCGGUAAUGAAGGGUACAUCCUUCUUAUUUCUGCCAAGACAAAGCAGCUCAUUGGAACCCUCAAGAUGAACGGUAGUGUACGCUCAUUGGCCUUUGCGGAUGGUGGGUACCAGCUACUAAGCAGUGGUGGAGAUGGGCAUGUUUACCACUGGGAUCUUGGAACAAGGAAGUGUAUCCACAAGGCGAUGGACGACGGUUCCCUGUCUGGCAUUUCGCUCUGCACCUCCCGGGACAGCUCUCUGUUUGCCACAGGCUCCACCAGCGGUAUUGUGAACGUGUACAAGAGGGAUGAUUUUCUUGGCGGGAAGAGGAAGCCACUGAAGACAAUUGAGAACCUCACCACGGAUGUUGGCGAAAUGAAAUUCAAUCAUGAUGCCCAGAUCUUGGCAAUCACCUCGAGAAAGGAGAGGAAUGGGAUGAGGCUCGUUCACGUCCCAUCCUUCAGCGUGUUCCAGAACUGGCCAGGGCCUCGGUUCAGCCUUCACUAUCCCCGGUGCCUGGAUUUCAGUCCAGGCAGCGGGUUCCUGUCUGUCGGACAUGCUGGUGGGAAAGUUUUGCUGUACAAGCUGCACCACUAUCAAAAUGCCUGAGCCUGCCCUUCAUAGUGUACUUGGGUAAUCCAUUUUUGACACUUACUAGUUUUUGAGAACUCCUGUGCCAUUUGUAAGGUCAGUUAUUGUCGAGUUGCCACUCGCUGAUUUUGGUGCUUAUCACAAGCUGGGCAAUCUGCAAUUGUAUUUUGGUUAUGCUUCUGUUGGUGAAGAUUGUUGAUUGGGGCGUUUCAGAAACCUUUGGGGAAACUGGCAAAUACUUGUGAGAGAACUGGAGCAAUGUUUUUCACUAUUUUUGAUGCUACAUGGUGUCCACUAUUUUGGUGUC